AUGAAUCCCAUCAGGGUUCAUCAAGCCCAGUGCCGUGUAGGCCGCCCCAUUGUCAAAGAACCCAAAGUAGUGGCGCUGACACCAGCCACGGAGCCAUGCAUUCAUGGACUGCAUCCACCUGUUCCACCCACCAUUGCUGAGUCAGUCUGGUAUGUACCUGUCAAAGACCUAGCAGCUAUCUAUAAGGAGUUUUAUGGAAGAGAGAUCAUAACUGAAAGCACAAUUACUGACUGUACUUACCUGCUGUUUCUUGAACUGCAUGGAGAAAGGCUUGCUGUUGCCAAGCUUUUUCCAACAUAUGCUAGCAAAUCUCCAUUUCUGGUGGAGAAGUUCCACGAAUAUUUCCUCGGAGGAGUGGAUGACAUGGCAUUCUGGACAAACAAUAUUUUUGAGCUGACGAGCCAUAUGCUAGAGAAUGGAACCAGUGGCUGCUUCCUGCCUGAGAACCCUCUGUUUAUAAACUGCACAAGGGAGCACAAGGACAGCUAUGUAAACAAGCAAUCAAAAAAUGAACAUCACAAGAAUACAACUUCUUUGCUUACAAAAACACUUGAAAAGAAUAUAAAUUAUACAGAAAGAGGAGUUCACUUCAACAUACAAUCUUGGGCAACAAACUCCCUCCGCUUGAUAAACCGUGCUUUUGCAACCAAUGUCUGGAAGGCAUUAGCAGCUCCACAUCAAAAAUCUUCAUCUUCAUCAAAGUACAUCUCCAAACCAGCAGCUUCAUAUUUUCUGUCUUCACCCUAUGCUAGACUUGGAUGGGCAAUGAUCUCAGCUGACCUAAACCAGGACGGAUACGAAGAUCUGGUGGUUGGAGCACCAGGGUACAGCACACUGGGCCAUGUUCAGAUAGGACGGGUGUAUGUGGUCUAUGGCAACGGGUCAGGUUUGCCGCCAGAGGACAUGGAUCUAGAUGGGAAAGCUGACCAAGUACUGCAGGGUCAUCAGCCUUCAGGAAGAUUUGGUUCUGCCUUGGCGGUCCUUGACUUCAAUGAGGACGGAGUGCCAGAUCUGGCAAUUGGAGCACCUUCUGUGGGAUCUCAGUUUCUUACUUACAAAGGUGCUGUGUAUGUCUAUUUUGGCACGGAGGGAAGAGGCUUGGCAUCUCAACCAAACGUUACCAUAACUUGUCAGUAUUCCUACUGUAAUCUUGGUUGGUCCCUCCUGGCAGCUGAUGUUGAUGGGGAUGGAAGUGCUGAUCUGGUUGUGGGGUCUCCAUAUGCACCUGGUGGUGGGCAGCAGAGAGGAUUUGUGGUUGCAUUUUACUCUUAUUUCAACAGGAGUGACCAAGGACUUCUGUCAGUAGAGGAUGCCAACUGGAUGGUGAAGGGCGAAGAAAACUAUGCUUGGUUUGGAUUUUCACUUGACAGCUGCCAGCUGGAGAACGUAACACUGCUGCUGAUUGGUAGCCCUACAUGGAAGAGUUGUGCUGGCUGCAAUCCCUCUUCAUCGGAUGUCAGACAGAGUGUUGGGAAGGUGUAUGGGUAUAAUCCACCAAGCACAAAGCGCUGGUUUGCAGUAACUGGAGACAAGGCAAUGGGCAGAAUGGGUUUGUCUUUGGCCAGUGGUGUGAUGUCUGUGGCUGGGAUCACAAGGACUGUUUUGGUGGUGGGGGCACCUACUGCAGAUAGCCUGUCUAGGAUUUCAUUUAUAUCCUCUGUGCUGCACCAAGCUGGACUGGCUCUGGUAUAUGAUCUGACAGACAGCACCAAGCCUUCUUUGCUCAGCACAUUCAGUGGGGACAGGAGUAUUUCUCGCUUUGGAGGAGAUGUAUACUUAAGUGACCUGGAUAAUGAUGGACUAGAUGAAAUGAUUGUGACCUCCCCACUGCGAACUAGCAGUAUCACCACAAUACUGUUUGGUGGGGCAGCUGGCCGUGUUUACAUUUACAACGGAAAGCAGGCAUCCCUGGGGAAUGUGACAGACCACUGCAAAUCAUGGAUAUCUCCCUGUCCUGAGGACUGGGCACAGUAUGUCCUGAUUUCUCCUGAGGAACUAUCAAGAUUUGGGAGUUCUGUUAUCACUGUUAAAGCUGAAAGAAAGAAAGAAGUUGUGGUGGCAGCAGAGAGAAGUUCAGCGAAAGCUCGACUGGGUGGAAGGGUUUUUGUCUACUCACUCUAG